AUGGAUGUUCAGCUAACUAACAACUUGAAAGAAAUUGAGAAUAUGUUGGGGUCCCGGAUGCUUGAUUAUGAAGAGAAACUGAAGAAAGCCAGCACGGAGACUAAUUCUUCACAUCCUGAUCUUUCGUCUCUUUCGCGUGAGUUCUCCGAAUUGAAAUGUUUUGUUUGGCAGACAUUAUCGAGGCUGAAAAUCCAAAUUGAAAUGCUUUGCCUCGGCUUAGAUAGACACGAAACCGCUAUGCGACACAAAGUGUUGCUAUUCCACGGGAUACCCGAAAAGCCUAAUGAAAAUCUUCAUUAUGUCCUUUACUCUAUAAUAUCCAAUCAGUUAAAGUUGACAGACUUGAGCAAGGACAGUUUAAAAGUAUGUCAUAGACUUGGAUCAGCACAAGGGAAAACUCGGCCAGUCUUAGUUCGGUUUUUUGAAACUGAGCAUCGAUAA